AUGGCUAAGCGAUUAAGUGAACAAGAAAUAUCUGUUUUAGCGAAUUGUGAUAGUAGUGACGAGAGUGGUGAUGACUUCUCUUCGACAGAUGAAGACGAAUUGUAUGUGCAACCUGAUACAAGCGCUCAUAGUUUGUUUUCGGAGCGCGAACAUGCUGAGUCUAGUUCAAACGCAGAAGCUACACAACAAGCUAUUACAUUGCUAUCCAAUAAUAUUCAAUCUUCUUCUUCAUUAGAUAGUAGUGGUGCUCCAGAUACGUUUAACUCAGAACUUCAGCCGAGUUCAGAAGAAAAUGUCCCUUUGGUAGGAGAACACGAGAGUAAUGAAUGGAUAGAUACACCCUGGGAAAUUUCAGACUUUCCGUUUUUGGGUCCUGAGCCAGGUGCGAAGAUAGCUACUAAUAAGAGCACAGCUCCUUCUAUGUAUGCUGAUUUGUUCUUCAACGACGAAUUCUUGGAAAAUUUAGUUACGGAAACUAACCGUUACGCCACCCAAGUGCUUUCAACGCGUCGUUUGCGACGUUCGUCAAAAUUGAAAGAAUGGAGAGAAACGAAUAAAGCCGAGAUGAAGAGUGAUCAGAAGAGGCUCUACAAAUCAUUGGAGCGACCAGAGGUAUGUGGAGCGGGCCCAGGACCGGAUCAGGCUAACACUGUCGCAUUUUGGCGUGGCCUGUGGUCAGAGCCCGUAAACCACAGCGAGGGCCCUUGGACGGAAGUUGUGGUGAGUCAGUGUGCAAGUAUUACGCCCAUGGACCCCGUCAUCAUAACGCCGGAUGACGUAGCUGAGGCGGUCCGUAGGGCCCCGAACUGGAAAAGUCCGGGACUCGACGGGCUGCAUCACUACUGGCUGAAGGGGUUCAUGGUGUGUCACGCUGUGCUCGCCCGUCAGUUUCAAGAGGCUCUCAACCAGAAGUCGCUCCCUAGCCUAUUCACUAGUGGGAUCACUCAUUUGGUUCCUAAAGACCAGGCAUUAUUGUUUAAUAAAAUGGUUUUGAAAUUUAAGCUUAAGCACGUUAUGACGGCUAGUAAUCGGUCAAAUGGCUCUCUAAAACGAUUGUAA